AUGCCAGCUCCAGCUUCACCUCCCGCACUCGACCCUCCAUUCCGAGGAUAUAUCGAGACGACGUACGAUGCCUUGCUCGUCUUCGAGGCUGCCAGGAGGGGGAUGAUUCCGAGGGUCACCAGACGGCUCAUCGAGAGGGAGAGGGGAAUGGUACAGAGCGGAGCGGUAUUCGUAUUUGACGAGCACGAGAGCGGGAUCAAGCGGUGGACCGAUGGGUUGGUGUGGAGUCCGAGUAGGAUCUUGGGCAACUUUUUGGUCUAUCGAGAGACGGACAAGCGGAGAAACUCGAGCACCGGCAACAACGACCAAGGAGGAGCUGACAAGCAGACCUCGUCGUCGAUCUCUUCUGGCUCUCAAGGUCGACCGGGACUCUCGGCGGCGAGCAUCACCGGUCUCGACUAUACCCAGGCUAGGGGUCGGACCGUGAGCGACGGUCAAGGUCAACCUUCGGAUUCGCUGGAUAAGAACAGGGAGAGACAGCUCGUCGGUAGUUUGACGAAUAGCUACAAGUUCAAGGAUGCCGGGUUGGUGAAAAAGACCAUGUCCGUCAACGUCAACGGAUUCGCUCAACACAUGGUCUCGUACUACUCGGUCGCCGACGUUCUCAACGGUCGACUACGUACCCCGUCGUCCAUCGGGGAGCUCGUCUCGCUCGAGAUCAGCCCAGAGUACAUGCAGAAGCAAAACUUCCGGUUCCCACCCGUCUUCGAUAUCGGUCCCGACGGGCUGUUGCAGUACAAGUAA